CAGGUUUCGAAGACAAGCGCACUGACAAAGACACGAAGCUGUGCUUCCGUCGAUCUCGCCCCUAGUUGCCGCAGUUUCCUCCCUUCCCUGGCCGCAUCUGCUCAUGGAUGAACCCCGCAGCAUUCGCGGAUUUCUAGGAAGGCGCAAGCACCGCAAGCACAAACGAUCGAACGCUAAUUCCCUAGACGAUCCGCACGCUGCCAGCGCCAGCGCCAGCAUCACCAGUAGCCUCACGUCCGACACCACUACCGUAAGUAUGGAGGGAAUGCUCAAGAAGCGCGUGGCCAAAAUGCCGGUGAUGCACGAUCGUUACUGUGUGGCCACGUGGGAGCUGGACACCCACGACCGCAAGUGUGUCAUGUUGCGCAGCUACAAGAGUCGGAAAACCUACGACGCGCACCCAGAGAAGCCUACGAGUGUGCACGAGAUCAAGUGCAUCAGCGACUGGGACGGGAAGACCGGAUUCCACCGCUAUCAACACGCUUUCACCAUGGAGACACGCGAUAAGAAGCUUUUUCAGUGUGUAGCUCCGUGCGCAGCCGACAAGGACAAGUGGCUCGAGCUUAUGGCCAUUCAAAUCUGCCUUUCAGCAGCUCCCGUGACAUGCGGUCUGGGGCAGCGUUGGUAGUCUUGUACCGGCUUCGACGGCACGCAAGAAGCGUCGAGAGUCUGGCGGCCGACAACGGGCAAAACUCCGAGCCUACACUGGCGCUCUCGAUGGGGGAAAACAAGAGCUGAAGAGCCGCCGCGAACAAUCGAAACAACUCGACCCGACUUCGAAAGACCAGAAUCAACCUUUCCCUGGGACACGACGGAAAUCUUUCAGGACCACGUU